CAUGUGAAUUGUUUAUGGGCGUAUUGAGAACUAUACAAUGAACUUGCUGACGUGCACAGAGAAGAUUUGUCAUAUAUAAACUACUACAAGCUCAUCUGGAACCACAAAUAUUAAUAAAAAAAUUUAAGUGGAAUUUCAAAGUGUUGCUAUCUAACAAUUGAUAAUAAGAGCUAUCAAUGAGCACAGUUGCAAUGCCGACACACUGCUUAUUAAACACAGCUGCCGCAAAUCCAACAAUUCCUAUAUCCAACAGUGCCUUUCAAACAGUCAUCGCGCUAAUUUUCCGCCGCAAUGAGUGAGUCAAACGAGAAUUCGCAUUUAAAAUAUAUUAAGGAAUAUGUAGUGCCGGAAAUUGUGUCGCAAUUGCAAGGCGAAACCUUGUUAAAGUUUGAGCUGGAGCAUGCAAGCGGGCUGGACGGUUUUAUGUCGGCACUCUACAACAUACAAUUGCAUACACAGACUGCCGACGGCGCCAAGCAACAACGUCUGCUGGUGGCCAAAUUCAUGAAAGGCGAUGUCGCCUUUCGCGAGUCCAGCAAAUCGUACAUACAAUUUGCCAAUGAAAUAUUUGUGUAUGAACGCGCAUUGCCCGCUUUUGCUAAAGUGCUUGCCGCCGCUAAGCUCGAUAUAACGAUUGACGAUUGGGUGCCACAUCCGUAUGUUGCGAAAUUCGGUUAUAUUGAGGGGUUGAGCGCCGCGCCGGGCGUACGUGAAUCGGUGUUGGUGCUCGAGCAUUUGAAACCGCGCGGUUAUGUGUUGGGACCACGUCUGUAUCUGACGCGUGAACACUUGUUGCCAAUGUGUCGCACAAUUGGGCAAUAUCACGCAAUUAGCUAUGCCUUGCGGCUUGUGGAUCCAGCGCAAUUGGAACGCUUGAAAAGUGAAAUUGUAACGCUGCCGUUCAUAAACGAUGCAGAUCCUAAAGAUGCGCAAGAAAAUUUUUAUCGUUAUCUGUUUCGCGCCGCCUUCGAUCGCUUUUAUGACUUUUUCGAUCGUAAAAUUGAUGGCAAUACAUUCGAUAGGCAGAAUGCCGAUGAUUUGAAAUUGAUUGAGCGUUUACGCGAUAUGCGUGCGAAGUAUAUUGAAGAGCCAACGCGUUUGUUGGAGAAAAUACGCACAGGUGUUGAGACUAACGCGCAAGAUAAGCAUUUCGGCGCUAUAUUACAUGGUGAUUACAAUCGCAAUAAUGUGCUGUUCCGUUAUGAGGAGCAAGCAGCUGGCGAUGUGGCCGAGCCAAAAGUGGCCGAUGUGAAAAUGAUUGAUUUCCAAGAGAUGCGUUACGGCAGUCCCUGCCUAGACUUGAGUUUCUUCAUGUACAUGAAUACAACUGAAGAAACGCGCGAUGCAAUUUGGUUGGAAAUGCUGCAAACAUAUCACGCAAACAUGUUUAAUACACUGCAGGCAGCUGUUAAAGGCAAUGCGAAAGUCGAUGAAGCGCAAUUGGAUGCCUACAGUUUUGAAGCAUUCCACGCACACUUUAAACGCUAUGCUUUCUAUGGCGUCAUGAUUACGCUACACUUUCUACCCUGGAUGCUUUCGAGCCAAGAGGAAUGCGCUAAGAUCUCACAUCUCUUCGAAACCGAUUUGCGUGGCGAAGAGUUUCAGCGAGUUUCCAUUGAGAUCGGUGGUGAUGCAGUAAAUAUGCGUUUGCUGGCUGUACUGCGACAUGCCUGCAAAAUGGGUUAUAUGGAUGAGCUUUGAGGUUAGGUUUGCGGAUGGUUUAGCAUUUUAAGUCUACAGUGGCCUUUUGAAGUGCUUUAAUAUAAUAAGAUAGUGAAAAUAAAUGCGAAAUUAAAAAUAUAUAAAUAGUAAUAUGUGAAUUAUAAUAUAUUAAUAAUAAUAUAUAAAUAAUAACGGUUGUCUGAAUGCAAGUCUAACAUAAAUUGCUCAGCUCUUGCCUACAAAACUUUUCAAAUAAUAUUUACAAUAAAUAAUAAGUGCAAUAAACAGUUAUAAUUAUAUAACAAUAACCGUUAUUUUAUAAAUAAACGCAAAUAAAGUAUUUUUACGCUCUUUUAAAGUGUGAACUUUGCUUAAGUGUGACUAUGUGUGUAAAUCUCCUAAAUGUGUGCGAGUUGAAUGGAAGUUUUUAAGGGUUUUACCAGAAAAAGUUGGAGCAAAUUACGCAUAUAUUCAUCAUAUAUACAUACAUACAUAUAUUCAUCUAUACAUACAUGCAUAAAGGGUUUUUCAAUAGGGGCGCUACAAAAGUACACCGGUAGGGACAGCAAACGAUGCCAUAUUUUCCCCGCUCUUUUGACAUUUCUCUUCAGUAAGGUUUGCCAUUUCAUCAUGGAAAGAUAUACGAUCCAACAACGAGUCGAAAUUAUUAAAAUUUACUACCGAAAUUCGGAGUCAGUGGUCUCAACUUUAAGAGCGCUACCUUCAAUUUAUGAUCGUCAUAAUCGCCCUGUUCAGUUCAACAAUUGCAUCUAGUGGAAAAAUUUUAAUCCACAGGCACAGUACAAAUUGUUUCCAUGCCAGUAAGACAAAGAAGUGUCCGUAGUGUCGAGAAUAUUGCUGCCGCUAGCGCUUCAAUUGAAGAAGACCCAAAUCAGUCUCUCACAAGCGAAUUUUACGAAAGGAUCUUGGCCUACAUCCUUAAAAGUUCAAAUUGACACAAGAACUGAAGCCGCUUGACCACCAGAAUCGUCGUAUGUUCGUGAAUUUGGCUGAGCAACAACUUGAGAAUGAUCCGGAUUUUCAUUGAAAUCAAUGAAUUCAAAAUCAUAUUCAGCGAUGAGGCGCAUUUCUGGCUGAAUGGCUACGUCAAUAAGCAAAAUAUGCAUUCUACACGUACUCAAUGAGUCACCAUUGCAUCCCGAAAAAGUUACGGUUUGGUGGGGUUUAUGGGCCGUCGGCGUCAUUGGGCUGGCAAAACUGGCACGCUACUGUGAUAGGGAAUCGCUAUCGCUCAGUGAUAAUCGCAUAUUUUUGGCCCGAAUUGGAUGAUAUAGACUUGGACAAUAUGUGGUUCCAACAGGACGGCACCACAAAGCAAACAGCGAAUGUCAUAAUCGAUUUAUUGAAACCGAAGUUUGGUAAACGUGUUAUCUCACGAAAUGGUCCAGUCAAUUGGUAUCCUCGCUCAUGCGUUUUGACGCCAUUAGACUAUCUCCUGUGGGAAUAUGAUCUAUGACAACAAGCCAGCGACGAUUGAUGAACUUUGUACGAAUAUCGAACGUGAAAUUGUAGCAGUAUUGGCCGAUUUAUGCUUAAAAACCGUCGAAUCUUGGGUUCAGUGUCUAGACUUCUGCAAGCGUGACUGUGGUGGCCAUGCAAAAGAAAUUCCGUUCCAUAUAUAUUGGUAUCGAAUGUACUUUCACGGGAAUAAAGAAUUUUACUGAUGUCCCAAACCGUUUUUGUUUUAUUUAGAUUUUUUAAGUUAUGUUAAAUAAAAUGAAAAAUUCCAAAUUUGUCAAUUAUAUCGCUUUAAAUAAUUCUCGAUAAUACUAUUUUCACAUUCUACAAUCAUCUUUGCACAAUUUCAGUUUACUCAUGUGUUUUUUUGGGUAAAUAUUGCGAAAAUGAUACGCAAAUACUUAAACAUACUUCAAUGGUAUUUUUGCUAAUUUGCGACUUCCCUGUGUCAAUCAAAAAGAAACCACUUAUUUAGCAUGGUAAACGGUAGAACAUAGCUUAAAAGCUAUUCUUUGCACAGUUGUAUAACAAUUAAAGCAAGCAAUCGGCGCCAGACCGCUUCGAUUCCCACUAAAUUAGGUAAAUAAUGACAAGCCAUAAGUACCUAAACGCUAUCCGUUUCAAGCUUAGUUGUAUUUUAACAGCGUCUAAUACAAGUAGGCUUGUAGAUUUGUAAGAAAUAUAGUUUCUGCGCAAAAUACCGCAGCACAAUCAUGCGUCUAUUAUUGUGCUUGGCUUUAUUAGCCAUCGUAGCACCUUCGCUGCAACAACUAAGCAGCACCACGAGGAAUUCCACAGGUGCAAUUACACCCACAGUAGCGCCAACGGAAAAACCAGCUCCACCGCCUCCGUCACCCCCAUCACGUCCAUCUCCCCCGGGUUCGACGAAGCUCGACUGUCCAGCUUAUUGUCCGCGUAUUUAUCGUCCGGUCUGUGCUAGAUUUGAGGGCAAACUUCGUACAUAUGCGAAUAUUUGUUUGUUGCGCUUGGAUAUUGACUGUGCGCGCAGACGCGGUGUUGCAGCCCGCUAUAACAUAUUUCUUGUACGUCGGACCCAUUGCAACGCAAGAAGACGUAGACGUCCGGGAAGAGGGGGACGUAGGCCGAGACGAAGACCAAGACCGAUUCGUGUAAGGCCGAAUGGUGGAAAAGGCGUAAAUAGUCGUGUUUUGGAUACGAAUCCUUGAAAUGAUGCGGUGAAAUAAUAAUUUUCGACAAUAAAGAUUGAGAAAAAGCUGUA